UUGGAGCUCUGCAGGCCAGUCCCAGGACUCUCCUGGAGUCUCAGUGGCAGUUUAAUCCCCUGGACUCUCUCCAUCCUAAAGGCCACCUACCCUGGAGCCCACAUUACUCUGGACAAUAUUUCCACUCAUGUUCUAAAGAUUAAGAUGGAGCUUGAAGGUUCACGUGUCCAGGAUGACCCACACGUCAAGCUGAUGAUGGGUGGGUCCACUCUGAGGAAGAUCAAGUCCCGCUCCUGGAAGAAGCAGCGGCAUUUUCGCCUUCUGGAGGAUGGACUGACGAUUUGGUACAAAUCCAGAUGGGCAGGAAAGGGCCACUCAACCUUCUCAGUGAUGGACCUGGAAGCAGUGCGUGAGGGCCAUCAGUCUGAGGUCAUGCUGAGCAUCGCUGAAGAAUUUCCCUCUGAGCUCUGCUUCACUUUGGUGUUUCAUGGACGCCAAGGAAACCUAGACCUCGUGGCAGACUCUCCAGAGGAGGCCCAAGCUUGGAUCCAGGGAGUCCGCAAGCUGAUUCACAAAGCCCAAACCAUGGAUGAACAGGAGAGGCAAGACCAAUGGGUGCGAGACUGGUUUCAGAAAGCCGAUAAAAACAAGGAUGGGAAGAUGAACUUCAAAGAAGUGAAGACGCUGCUGAAGAUGAUGAAUGUGGAAAUGAAUGAAGAUCAUGCUCUGCAUCUGUUUACAAUGGCUGACAAAUGGGAAAGCGGUUCCCUAGAAAUCGAGCAGUUUGUCCACUUCUAUAAGAUGCUGACUCAGAGAGAUGAGGUGUGGAAGGUGUUCCAGGACUAUUCUGGAGAUGGAGAGAAGUUAACAUUGGAGGAACUGGAAAACUUUCUGAGGGUUGAACAGGGCGAAGGUGACCAGAGUUCCAGGCAUGCCCAGGAGCUGAUCCAGGGUUACGAAGCCUCUGAGACGGCCAUGAAUCAGAGCUCCAUGUCCCUGGAAGGCUUUCAGAUGUACCUGUGUUCCCAGGAGGGCUCCAUAUUUAAGCCAGAGCUCCUGGAACUUCACCAGGACAUGAGCCAACCAAUCAGCCACUACUUUAUCUCCUCCUCACACAACACCUACCUCCUGGAGGACCAGCUGAGAGGGCAAAGCAGCCUGGAGGCAUACAUCCAAGCCCUGAAGAGAGGCUGUCGCUGUGUUGAGGUUGACUGCUGGGACGGCAGUGACGGGGAACCCAUCGUCUAUCAUGGCCACACUCUAACUUCAAAAAUCCUCUUCAAGGACAUUAUUUCAACGCUUAAAGACUACGCCUUCAAGGUGUCCGACUAUCCUGUCAUUGUGUCUCUUGAGAACCACUGUGGGGUGGAGCAGCAGACCAUCAUGGCCAAACAUCUUCGCCAAAUUUUGGGCGAGAUGCUAUUGACGGCCCCGCUGGACGGACAGACACCUCAGCUGCUUCCCUCGCCUCAGGAACUGAAGGGGAAGAUUUUGCUGAAAGCCAAGAAAAUUGGCGGGCUAGAACCAUGCCUGGAUGAAACUCUGACUGAUGAGGUUAGCGAUGAAGACGAAGCCGCCAAUGGUGACACAGAAAGCCCCUGCACAGAAGAUCCACCAGCAGAGACGACGAACAAGAAGUCUAAAUUGUCCAGAGAAUUGUCCGACCUGGUGGUUUACUGCAAGAGUGUCCACUUCCAUGGCUUUGAGCAUGCUCAAUCUCAGGCCAAGUGUUAUGAGGUGUCUUCAUUCUCUGAAUCCAAAGCAAAGAAGCUUGCUAAAGAAGCAGGGACACAGUUCAUUCAGUACAACACUCGGCAGCUGAGCAGAACCUACCCCAGUGGACUGAGGACAGAUUCCUCCAACUACAAUCCACAGGACAUGUGGAACGUGGGGUGCCAGAUAGUGGCUCUAAACUUCCAAACAGCCGGUCUGGAGAUGGAUCUGAAUGAUGGUCUCUUCAGGCAGAACGGCUGCUGCGGUUACGUCCUCAAGCCCAGCUUUAUGAGAGACAGCAAAAGUCAGUUCAGUCCGGAAAGACCAGAAGACCGACAGGGUUACAAACCGCUUCGCUUGUCAAUACAGGUGAUCAGUGCUCAGCAGCUACCAAAGGUGAACCAGAAAGAGGGAUCGAUUGUAGACCCACUAGUCAGAGUGGAGGUCUACGGUGUCCCUCAGGACCAGGCCAAGGAGGAGACCAGCCACAUUAACAAUAAUGGUUUUAACCCGGUCUGGAAUGAAACUCUGAAUUUUGUCAUCCACACCCCUGAGCUGGCGCUGGUCCGCUUCGUGGUGGAGGACUACGACAAAGCGUCCAGGAACGACUUCAUCGGACAGUUCACUCUUCCAUUUACGUGCAUCCAGCCAGGGUACCGCCACAUACACCUGCUAUCUAAAGACGGAACCUCCAUCCCUCCUUCUUCUGUUUUUGUUAACAUUAGCAUUUCAGAGCUCACAUGAAGAAGUCAACAAGUUCAGUGUCCCCUCCAAACUUUAGUCAGUAUUAACCUGUUUAAAUGUCUUACAUGAAAACUUUUAACUAAAUUUACUGAAAGUGUUUUAGAAUCUACUGAUCUACAGUUUCAGUAACAAGACAUAACUUAUAUAUUUAUAUAUCUGGAUAUUGUCUAUAAAAUAAUCACCAGGCCUGUAACCGGUCAUAAACACAAACUGAGACAGACCGAGGACUGGUGACGUGUUAAACAGUGUUAUUUCAUAUAAAAAGAGGGAACAAUAUGUUUGUUAGUAGCCAAGUAUCCUCAGUGAUCCAGUAGCUUUUAAAUUUCUCAGCAGCGGUUUCCUGUUUGACCAGUCAUCUCAUGGCUGAGAAAAGGCUGGAUUAAACUGGCUGCCUACAACUUUUCAAUCUCCGAUCAGAUUUUUUUUCCAUUUCUCACUUACUUAGGAAGACUCCGGCCAGGCAGGGUGAGCAGAUCUGUGCAAUUUCUUUUUUAAUUCUGUCUCUGUGCCACGCAAAUAAAACCAAUUUCCCACAUUUGACUUGGACAGAUUAUGAAAAGUUAAUAAAAAUAGGCCUAAAUAAAUUUAAAAAACACAGGAGCAGCUAUAAGGCAAAGCCGCACUUAAUGAGUCUGCGCAGCAUCUCAAACCAGAACAUUUAGAAUGUUUAUGUGCCUAUAUUAAAAUUAUAAUGAGAACUACAUCUAAACAAAAGAACAACACCAAAAUAAACCCUGUGGGGUGGUUAAUAUACUGGCCGAAGCAGUAAGAGGUGAUUCUAAGAGCGAGAUCUGGGAAGUUUAUUCAAGUUUUUAUUUAUUUUUUCAUAAAGAGGGUAGAGUUUGCUUACCUGCUCUGUCUCCCACUCUUUAUUUAGAUUUUUGUGAGUAUUUUAUUCAAUUUUUUAUGUUUUAUCGAUCAUUUUUGCAGAAGUCUUAACCACUUGCUAUGUCCUCCAAAACAGACUGUUUCCUUACGAAAUUGACAUUAUUGAUAUUAUUUUGUAUUUUGUGUUUUACUUUGUAACUCAAUUCUAUUCUGUUUAUUUAUAUAGUACCAAUUCACAACAUGUAAUUUCAAGGCACUUUACAGAGACAAGUCAACCAGAUCAUACAGUCAAAUUGAUUCAAAGUUUUCUACCUAAGCAAAACCAGUUGAUUGCAUCGACUCAUUGACAGAAGCAGGCAUAAAGAAAGAAGCAGUCCCUCUUCCUAUCAGACCCAGUGCCAAUCUAUAUACCUGGAGUCUAUCUCAAUCAGAGCUUUGCAAGCCCCCUUGCAGAAAAUCAUAUUGGGUGUGAGCAUCCUCAUUGACUCUUAAUGAGUGAUAAACGCCACCACCACUCUGAACACACCGAAUCUGAUUUUGCGUCCAAUCUGACAGAAAAUCGUAUCAGAUGCAAAAUCGGAUUUGGUGUGUUUAGGGCUAAAGGGUUUGUGUCUCCUCCUCAAAACAGGCUUUUAGAUCAAUGAAGAUUGCAGGUAAUUUUUUUUUUUUUUUAUGCACGACCCCUCUAACAUCCCAAAACAGCAUCUUAGGUCAUUCAAACACUUUUUCAGCCAUUCUGCUGUUGGUUAGCUGUUGUGUUUGGGAUCAUGUUCCUCUUGAUGACCCAGAUUGGACCAAAACAAUGUUGUUCAACAGAUGGCUUCUAGAGUACCGUACUUUGGUAGAGGAGAAUCAUGGUCCACUCUGAGACGGCAAGGUGUCCGGGGCCUGUGGCUGUAAAACAAGCCAAAAUCGUCAUCUGUCUAAAAGACAUUGUCCCAGAAGUCUGCUAUGUUUCUUUUGUCAAUGGAUUACACUUUUUCUUUCUUUCAAACAGCUAUUUCAGUGUUUUUCUAACUCCAUCCAUCAUCUCCCGCUUACUUUGUCAGGGUCACCUAUAUCUAGCAGAAUAGGGCAAGAGGCGGGGUGCAGGGCAAGUCACCAUUAAAAAGCAGGGCAACACUGAAACACACAACCAUGAACACACUAACACCUAGGGACAAUUUAGUGAUGCCAAUUUACCUGAGAGUCUUAGAUUUUUGGACUAUGGGAGGAAGCCAGAGUUAUUAUUAGAACUUUCAAACUCCAUGCAGAAAGACCAAGGGCCAGGAAUUGAACCAAGGACUGUCUUGCUGUAAGCAACAAUGCUACAAACUGUGCCACUAUACAUAUUGUUUUUCUCAUCGUCACAUCAUAACCUUUAAACUGCUAAUUGAGGUUUGUAGAGUUCCUGGGUAUUGGUCAUUGCCAAUGCUCUGACCUUGAACAGAAUCCGUCCACUCCCAGGACAAUUAGUUGCUGUCUGAGAUGUUUUCCUCUUGGAAACCCUCUCUCUUAGGAUAGCUUGAAGAUGACUUUGUCAUCGUUUUCAGAUUGAUU